AUGCCUUCUUACAAGAACGACCCUCCGGAUCAGGAGUAUCUAGACUCAAUCAAGAAGCAUACCAACAAGGAAACAAACAUGGUCAAUCUCGCGCUCGUGGCCAAGGACUUUGGCUAUGCUAGUGGAAAGUCGUUUCAGAAGAAGUAUGCCAAGCUGAAGAAAGCACACAAGCUGACCAACGGCCACAUCUAUGGCGAUGACAAGCCAGAGAUCUCUUCCACCGAGGUGGCUCCCACGGAGGUCGCUCAGACUCCCCCGAAUGAAACCACGAAGGUUACGAAGAGCAUCAUGGAUAUUGUGAACGAGCACAUACGCGUAUAUUUAGGCCAGCGUGGGGCCAUGGACAAGGGCAAAGGCUCGGAGAAGAAGCAGAAGAAGCAUUCUUAA